CAACUGCUAAGAACACUAGUCUUGCUGUGCAAUUACUCAUCUGUUUUGCAUUCUGAAUCUUUGUAUUCAUCGGAAAGGUUUGCUUAUUUUGACUUGUUGAUCUUCAGGCUAUAAUAUGGCUGCUACUUCUUCUUGCUCUGCUAUCAUCCCUCGGGAGAAAUAUGAUGUAUUUCUUAGUUUCAGAGGCGAGGACACCCGGAAUACUUUUACCAGCCAUCUUUAUGAGGCUUUAUGUCGGACCAAAAUCCAAACUUACAUAGAUUACAAAUUGGAGAGAGGAGAUGAAAUCGCACCUGCCCUUCUCGAAGCAAUCAGUGAAUCUAAGCUUUCGAUUAUCAUUUUCUCCAAAAACUAUGCUUCUUCUGCAUGGUGCUUGGAUGAACUUGUGCACAUACUCGAAUGUAGAGAUAAACAGUUUGUUAUACCCAUCUUCUACGGGGUAGAUCCAUCAGCCGUACGCAAACAAUUUGGGAGUUAUGCGGAUGCAUUUGUUGAACAUGAGAAACGUUUCAAGGACUCAAUGGACAAGGUGCUCAGGUGGAGAAAGGCUUUGACAACAGCAGCCAAUAUAUCUGGGUUUGAUUCCCAAACAAUUAGGCCGGAGUCUGAUUUAGUUAAGAUUGUGGUCAAUGACAUUUUGGCGAAAUUGAAUUGCAAAUUGCAAAUCGCACGGGGUUUAGAGGGCCUGGUUGGAAUGGAAAAACACAUUCAACAAGUUAAAUUUUUAUUAUGUCUCAACUCACUGGAUGUCCAGAUUGUAGGUAUUUGGGGUAUGGGUGGUAUCGGUAAGACCACCAUUGCUGAGGUUGUAUUUGAUCGUCUCUCUUCUCAAUUCGAAGCUUGCUGCUUCAUUGCAAAUGUUAGGGAAUCGGAGGCGAAACAUGGACUAAAUGAUUUGUGGAAUCAGAUUCUUCGUAAACUACUGAAGGAAGAAAAUCUAUGUAUGGCCACAUCAUCUCUUGUCUCAAAUUUUGCAAGAGAGAGGCUUCGCCGUACAAAGGCCCUCAUUGUUCUUGAUGAUGUGAAUGAGUUUUCCCAAUUAGAACUUUUAGCUAGAGGUGAUUGCAAUCUGUUUGGCCCUGGAAGUAGAAUACUUGUAACAACCAGAAAUAAACGCAUAUUUAGGAAUAGUGUUGAUAAUGAUAAGAUAUAUGAGGUUAAGGAAUUAGCCUAUGAUGAAGCUCUUGAGCUCUUUCAUUUGAUAGCUUUUAGAAAUAAGUCUACCCCGGGUGAUUAUACAACUUUUGCAAAAGAGGUGGUAGAUUAUGCUGGAGGCAAUCCAUUGGCUCUUACAAUCUUGGGCUCCGUAAUAUUCUGUCAUUGCAAGAGCAAAGAAGACUGGGAAGGUGAAUUAGUGAAAUUAAAAAAAUUUCCUAACAAAAAAAUCCAGAAUGUAUUGAGGUUCAGUUAUGAUGGAUUAGAAGAAAAUGAGAGGGAGAUAUUUCUCGAUAUCGCCUGUUAUCACAAAGGGAAGCAUAUUGAUGAGGCAAAAAGAAUUUUAGAUGCCUGUGGUUUUUGUGCCAAUGCAGGAGUAAAAAUUCUCGUUGAUAUGUCUCUCAUAUCCGUAGGUGAAUAUUCAACACUUCAGAUGCAUGAUUUGAUACAAGAAAUGGGUCGGGAAAUUGUUCGUGAUCCAUGUGUUAAAAAUCCUGGAAAACACAGUAGAUUGUGGCUUGCAAAUGAUGUUCGUCAUGUACUGACAAAUAAUACGGGUACUGAAGACAUUGAGUGCAUGGCCAUGAAGAUGGAUCUCAUUAAAGAUUUAUACGUGAAUGUUGCAUCCUUCGAAAAGAUGCAUAAGCAAAGAUUACUAGAUCUAUACUCAUGCUCGUACACCAGGGGUGUCAACAAAUUGCACCUUCCUCCAGGUUUCGAGUUUCUCCCUGAGGCCCUUAAAUAUCUGGGGUGGGAUUUCUAUCCUUUGACAUCUCUGCCAUCGAGGUUUUCUUCAGAAAACCUUGUCGAGCUUCAUAUGCGCAACAACCGACUUGAGCAACUUUGGAAUAAAGGCGUGCAGGUUUGCUUAAUUUACUUUGAUUUGUUACAGAUCAAUCUUGGGAGCAUAAAACGUAUCGAUCUUAGUCACUCCGAGCACCUGGCUGAUGUUUCAGCUCUGAUUGAGAGUCCAACUCUCGAGAGCAUUGACCUUUGGGGUUGUAAAAGUUUGGUUCAACUUCCUUCAUCGUUUCAGAAUCUUGCCAAGCUUACUUCUCUUAGUCUGAAUGGUUGCUCCAAUCUCAAAAUUCUCCCAGAGAUGCCAGGCAAUCUGGAAGUCUUAGUGUUGAAUCGGACUGCAAUAGAAGAAUUGCCUUCAUCAAUUUGGUCUCUCGAGAAGCUUCAUCAUUUGGAUCUUGAAAUAUGUGAAGAGCUUAAGAAUCUUCCAAGCAGCACUUGUAGGUUGAAUUCGCUCCCAAUUCUUGAUCUACAAGGCUGCCGCUCUCUUGAGUCUUUGAUAGCAUCUUUGCCUGUCGAGCUACCUUCUGGGCUUGAGUACCUGUUCAUGAGGUUUUGUGAGAGUCUUGGGUCUUUGCCUGUCGAGCUACCUUCUGGGCUGGAGUACCUGUUCAUGAGUGAUUGUGAGAGUCUUGGGUCUUUGCCUGUUGAGCUACCUUCUGGGCUGAAGAUACUGGACUUGAGAAAUUGCAAGAGUCUUAGGUCUUUGCCUGUCGAGCUACCUUCUGGGCUGAAGAGACUGGAGUUGAUCUCUAGCAAGAGUCUUGGGUCUUUGCCUGUCGAGCUACCUUCUGGGCUGGAGUACCUGAACUUGAGCGAUUGUGAGAGUCUUGGGUCUUUGCCUGUCAAGCUACCUUCUGGGCUGAAGAGACUGGACUUGAGAAAUUGCAAGAGUCUUGGGUCUUUACCGAAGCUGCCAUGGCUUCUAGGACUGUUUGAUGCACAUGGCUGCACGUCACUAGAGACAGUCUCAAGUCCGAUGAGGACUGCACCCAUACAAGGUAGGGAUCAAUAUGUCAACCAUUCUGAAAAAUUCGAGGAACUUUUAUUUAUGAAUUGCGUGAAAUUGGAUCAGAGUGCACGGAGCAACAUAAUGGCUGAUGCACAGCUUAGAGUUAUGAGAAUUGCAACUGCAUCACGUCUCCUCAAUAAACCCCGUAUGAUUAAAAUUGUUUGUCCGGGAAAUGAAAUUCCAAAGUGGAUGAGGUAUCAAAGUGAGGGAUGUUCGAUAAAUAUCAAGCUUCCUCCUCAUUGGUUUCAUCAAGGCUUCCUCGGUUACGCUCUAUGCAUUGUGGUUGCAUUCAACAACUAUACGCCACCCGAUAUUAACAAUUAUUCCUACUUUGGUUGUGAAACCCAUCACAAAACUAACAAUAGUCACGAAGUUUGUUGGGAAGCCCUCCGUAUAAGCCUACCAGCUAUUCUCAUCAAUUCAGAUCAUGUGUUCGUGUGGUAUUUCUGCCCUGAAUUUGUUCGAUUAGAAAGUGCAAUCAAUCGUGAGGAUUGGGUAAAAGCAUCCGAGGCCUCUUUUGACUUCAAGUUGUACCAAAAUAUUAUUCAGACCCCAAAAGAAAGAAAUCUCUGUGACCGCUCCACUGUGAGGAGAAAUCUCUUUGACCCCUCCACUGUGAGGGUGAAAAGGUGUGGAGUCUCCUUGUUGUAUGCCCAAGAGAUUGGAAAAUUACUUGGGAGGCAUUGA